UACAGUCAGCGAGACACAAUGGUGGGAAACGACUACAUACAACGGAUGUUGAAGAAAGAGAAACCGAGCUUCACGGACCGGACCGCGUGUGCGUGGAGUCACCCGGCUGAAAUAUCUGCUUCUUCCUCCCCCGUCUCAGGACAUCGGUAGCCGACCCGGCUUGCUAACCCCGCAGCCCCCCCCCCAAAAAAAACCUCGGCUCCAGACUCCCAGAUCUCGUCUGAGGUUGUUUAUUUAUUUUUUUAAACAGCGUCUCGUAGCUGACUCCCGUUUUCUUUCACCAAAGCGAAGCUUGUCACCCGAUAGUUCCUCCACCUGAAAUCUGACCGCUAGGUGACAGUUUAGCAUCAUCUGGAGUCGGAUGGACCGCGCCGCUCGCGAGCAGCAUCCUUCACGCCCGCCGCCGCUGCACCGGAAUGCCAAUCGACUGAGGAGGAAGUGGCUUUUAACAUGACGAGGGACGAUUUGCAUCUCCAGCGCUCCGGGCAGUCGGUCGCCGCGCGGUCACCGUUCACACGCCGGGUGUAAUGACCGUCCCGAGCGCGCGCCAUGUACGCGGCUGCUCGUGUCUGCCUCCAGCCUCGCGGGUGACGCUCACGCGGGUACCGGCGGUUGAACGCGAACAGCGGCGGCGCUGAGAGAGACUCGACGUCGCGGCCAACAGCACAAUAGAGUCACCGCCACACGCCGCACCAAUGGUGUCCCACGCGGUGUUAGUGGCCAUCAUCUUAUUCAAUGUAUAUAUCGGCGUGCAGUCUGUUUUCUACUUAUUCGGCGGAGUCCUUUUAACCGCCUUAUUUGCGAUGGUUUUUUUAAACGAGCCGAGGCUGCUGGACUGGACGAGCUCCCCGCCACAUCUUCAGUUUAACAAGUACGUCCUCACGGGAUACCGGCCGAUCUCCUCCAUGCACGACUGCAUCAGGAGCCUGUUCUACCUGCACAAUGAACUUGGGAACAUCUACACUCACGGCAUCCCUCUGGUGUGCUUCCUGGUGCUGCUGCCUGUCAACAUCCCCUGGUCUCAGAUCAGCGUCACGUGGUUGGGCGUGGUGCAUUUCCUGGCAUGCCUGUCGCCCCAGCUGGGCUCCGUGCUCUACCACCUCUUCAUGAACCACGAGGGGGGGGAGCCCGUCUACCACACCCUCCUCAAGCUCGACGUGUGCGGCAUCUGCAUGAUCAACACGUUGGGGGCGCUGCCCAUCGUCUACAGCACGCUGCUGUGCUACCCGUUCACCCGCACCGCGGCCCUGACGGUCUACAUCCUGCUGUCCAGCCACACCAUCUACUGCGCCGUCACGGCUCGGAGCAGCGCUCGCCGGCUGCGCUCCUUCGCCUCGCAGGCGCUGUUCCGCUUCUCCUUCUUCCUGCUGCGCUGGGCGGGCGUCGGCGGCGGCAGCCCCACCUCGCUGCGCCACUUCCUGACGAUGGACGCGCUGGCCGUGCUCGGCGGGAUCAUCAACAUCACGCGCAUCCCUGAGCGCUUCAGCCCGGGCCUCUUUGACUACUGGUGCAACAGCCACCAGAUCAUGCACGUGCUGGUGGUGGGCUCCAUCCUGUACCUGCACUGGGGCGUGCUGGACGACCUGCUGUGGAUCAACACCUACAACUGUCCCUCAGACUGACCCCUCCCCCCCCCCCACACACACACACACACUCCUGCAGCCCCCCGGACCCCUCACAAGGAGCACUUUGCUGUGUAACAGGUGAAAGGACCUUUGAGGGGAGGGGGGGUGGACCUGAUGCAGCGAGGUGAGACACUGUGGUUCAAACUCAGAAGGUUCAUAUCUACGUCCAUCUUGGUACUUUGUGCAAAAGUAUGUCGAGUAACACGCACAAGCAUUUCGACUCUUUCAGUCUCCGUCAACGUGGACGCACAGGUGUAUCCGGACACACACACACACACAGCUCAACGGAAAGGUUUUAAACACUAACGCGACUGAGUAUUGAACACUAAAGCGUCUUAAGAAAAGGCCCUAAAAGGUAAGUUUCAAGCCUUCGCGUAACAAUUGAAGUUUUACUCGAUGCGGUCGGUUAAGAAGAUAUCACACGCGCGAGUUCCUCAGAUGUCACUGUUGCUACCUAUGCAGCACAUCCAUAGCUCAACUCAUCACACACACACACACACAACGCACACUCAGACACCCUCACGCCUAUAUUUUUAUACUACAUGUACAUACUGUCAGUGUGGCACAAAGCACUUCUAGAGUUUCCACGGAGUUUUCCUGGAAGCGGCUGUUCUGUCUGUUUUGUGCCACGACUUCUUUACGUGUCAAACUGAUUCAUCCUCACCGUCGCAAGAUGACGAGGAAUAUAAGACGGGGGAGGGGGUUCAUUCCUGAGCGUAGGAGCACAUUUGAGCUUGACUUGCUUUAGGUGGUUCGUACCACACGUUACAAUCAUAUUGUGCAACUGUUUUAUUCUCACCUGAGCCCAGUGACAGUGAAAUUCAGGCAUUUCUUCAACCAACUAAUGUUGUUACUAUUUCCUUAAAUGGAAGAUGAGGUUGUGUAACUUUGAAGUUUCUGUAGAAAACAAACGGGCACACUGAGUUUUACACUGAAAUGCCACCAUGUGUACAUUAGAGCGUGAGAUUAAGCAGUUUCUACUUAAAAAUUGCCAACUUUUUAAUAUCUUUUAAAUAUAAUUCGAAGUUCCUAAACAAUUCGACCCGGUUUAGAUGAAUUGCAGAGAAAAAAGACCUGCUUAUUGGCACAAUAUGCACAAAACACUAAUGAAAUAUGUAUAUAUAUAUUAUAUUUAUUGUGUUUUAUUUAUUUGCUGUCAGCUGCUUAAACUGUUUGCGUUGUUGCUGUGCAGGAUCACAGGCCGACAGGUCAAAUUAGAGGUCAGAGAAAAUCCCAAGGAUUAGCUCCUCAUGUUCUCCACACACUCUUCUGUUUCCAACAAUUUUGACUCCUCGGUCACGCAGUAAUAUCGCAGAGCAAGUCUGUCUCUAAGCGUUGCCAUUCCUACCACAUUCACAAUAAUCAGCCAAGAAAAAACACAUUUUAGUGACAUUAGAAACCCGCGCCGCCCUCUUCUAGAGAUGGUAUCUGUGUCUAAUGUGCUCUGUUUUUAAAGAUCGUUCGACGGUAUUUGGAUGUCUAUUUGUACAUCGGCUCUCGAUGGUGAUGGUUUAUAAACAUCAGUCGUUACUGCCACAGAAUGGUGCACAUUAUUGACUUUAUUUACGCUUUCUUAUUUAAGUGCGACGCUUUUGCUCUGCAGUAGCACUUUUUUUUUUUCAUCCACCCGAGCAAAGGUUAAAGUGGAGUUGCACUUUAUGAAGCUGACCCCCCCCCCAGACGGGAAUGAACCCUGUGCCCUCACGUCACGUCUCACUUUCACCACUUUCUGUGUGAAUGCCCAUGUUUUGCUCUUUCGUGGUACUUCAGUCACUAGUCUUGAGUAAAAAAAGCAACUUGCUCUCGAGACUCGUGUUUGAAGUGAGGCGUCUUUUUUUCCGAAAGGCACUCCUUACUUUCUGAAUGACGUGAAGCCGACGGCCGCAGACGGGUUGCCGAUCCCGUAAGACUCGCUUCAUUUUGCCAAAUCAGCAGCGUGUCUGAGGUGUAGCACGCCCUCUGCUUCCCGCGACUCAUCGGCGAAGGAGGAUUUCCCACAGUCGCGAUCACGUACACUCGCCUCAGCCCGCCCCCCCACCCCCUCUAUACAGAAUCUCACUCUGACACAGUGAUUAUUAACGACACUGACCGCGGUGCAAUGUAAAAGCGGAAACUAAUGUAUUAUUGGACAACAAAUUAAACUGAUAAUAAUGCAUGAAAGUAGGUAUAAAUCAGACACCGACGUCUCAUAGCGUUCGCUUGUCGUUUGUUCGUCAUAGCCACAGAGUCACUCACUCCGAGACGUGGGGGGGGGGGGGGGGCGGGCGCUGCUCAUUGUUCUCAAAAGGGCUCUGCAUUAAAGUAAAUUAUAAUUCUGAAACCUAUUUAAAGUCCAUAUAAAUACUGUAAAUACAUGUAUGUAGAUCAUAUAUCCAUACAGUGCAAACAAUAUACCCAGAUCCAUAUUUGAUACGUACACAAUAUGUUAGGGGAAUAUAAUAUAGCAUAGGAAGAAACGGGAUUAAGGGUGUGCCCCGUAGAGCGACUUCCGGUUGAUAUCAACGACGUGUGUUUGCUUCGCUGUGUCCAAAUGUAUGUGAACGACACACGGGGGGGAAUUGGUUUCAGUGGUGAUGUAGAGUUGUUUGACCUUGUGUGACCCCAACUAAGAAUGCUUCUGAUCAUUUAAAUGGAACCACUUUUUCUCGACGCGUGGGAGAGACGGAUUUUGAAUCUUGGCGAGCGUGUGAAUAGCUCGUGACUACCGCUGGUCUAUCUAUGCAUUAUCAGCCGAAGGAUAUGCAACGGGAAAGUCGAUAUAUGCGUCCGUUGGCCGAGCUCUCGGAUCCGCCGUCGCGGAGGGCUCGGCUCCAACAUCCUGGGUCUCCCACUUCUCAGGGUGCCAUAACAGUAGCUGUAACAUCCAGGGCCCUGAGCUCCACUGUCUGAAACAUGGCCGCGAGACCCUCCUCCUCCACCUCCACCUGCCCUCUUCGUCCAGUCUGUUCGUUACUGGCUCACCGAUUGGACAGAAGGGAGACAAAAGGUGGAAAGGGGAGGUAUUUCUCUCAAAUCCAUGUUGCACGAGUGGAACCUGGCCAGAAAUAUUGCUCUUUGUCCUUUUGUCUGUAUGUUAAAUGAAGAAGAAGCAGAAGAAAAAAGACAUCACACGUCACUAACGAAACAAAAUUCAUUUUUUAAUAUAAAACACAGGUGCCGGAUAGCCUGUUUAUGACCUGUUUAUAAUGGACUACCUGUAUUGUUAUAUACUGAUUAUUCUGAUUACUGUUAUUCUGUGGAUCCUUAACGACGACACUGGUCUAUGUGUACAGAUAAUGAGACGAGGCCUGUCCUUUAGGAUGAAGGGAGCUUUCUGGAGGGUCUGUCUGUUAUCACAUCUUGCAACGUUUUCAACUGACAGCGGAGUAAGUGUGGCUCCAUCUAGAGGAGGUCCAUGUGCACUGCAACGGCAUUACUGCAGCCACGCCGCAGGCACAUGGAAAUAACCCACAGUUUGUAAAACUGUUGUUCUCCUGGGUUGAUUAUUUAAUAUUUCCCGACCGUGUAUAUGUUCACAUGUGUGUAUGAGUUCUCCAGCAGAACCCACGCAACCAUGAGAUCAGUACGUUGUCAGAUUUAUGUUCUCUGCACUGAUGGGGGAGCCGACCGCAUCCCCAGAGAGCCUCAUUAUCCAGUCUGCUUGUAAAUUAAUGUGCACGAGUGCAGACAUUCACACAUCUGUCCCACGUUAACAUCUGUCCUGUGUAACAGACAGACUCUCACACUCCUCAGUCUCCAGCAACGAUUGUGCAAUAAACUGAAGUCUAUAUUUUUAAAACUGC